GGGAGUGCGGCUCGCGUCCAAUCAGAAUGCGCAUUGUUGGUGGAGCGGUCGGACUGGUGGUAAGGGGAGCGGCGCACUGAGAGUAGUUGGAUUUAUUCUUUGAUCCGGAAUGAGCUCCAUCGGUACCGGGUAUGAUUUGUCAGCAUCAACUUUUUCUCCUGAUGGACGAGUUUUCCAGGUUGAAUAUGCAAUGAAAGCUGUUGAAAACAGCAGCACAGCCAUUGGGAUAAGAUGUAAAGAUGGAGUCGUCUUUGGAGUAGAGAAACUGGUUCUUUCUAAACUGUAUGAACAGGGCUCUAACAAACGUAUAUUUAAUAUUGAUCGUCAUGUAGGAAUGGCAGUAGCAGGUCUUCUGGCAGAUGCACGAUCUCUUACUGAUAUUGCAAGAGAAGAAGCUUCCAACUUUAGGUCCAAUUAUGGAUACGAUAUUCCAUUGAGGCAUCUGGCAGACAGAGUAGCAAUGUACGUCCAUGCUUACACAUUAUAUAGUGCUGUGAGGCCGUUUGGAAGCAGUUUUAUUAUGGGGUCUUAUGACAAGGAUGAUGGUGCUCAGAUGUACAUGAUUGACCCUUCAGGGGUGUCCCAUGGUUACUGGGGAUGUGCAAUUGGAAAAGCUAAAGAAGCAGCAAAAACAGAAAUUGAGAAGCUACAGAUGAAAGAUAUGACUUGCAGGGAAGUGGUUAAAGAAGUUGCAAAAAUAAUCUACAUCGUCCAUGAUGAAGUAAAGGAUAAAUCUUUCGAGUUGGAGCUAAGCUGGGUUGGAGAAAUUACAAAAGGCAGGCAUGAACUUGUACCUAAAGAUAUAAAGGAGGAAGCAGAAAAAUACGCCAAAGAAUCUCUUGAGGAAGAUGAUGAAUCUGAUGAAGACAACAUGUAAUUAAUUCAAAUAUACAGUACAAUUUGUAAUGACUCCUACCUUUUUAUUUUUAAAGUUAGAAUCAUAGUAUCAAGUUUGAAGUGUUUUCUCAUGUUUGUAAAUUUGAACUUGACCAAAUACUUGUAGAAAUGGAGCUGGAGGCAACUUCCUGCUGUUAAAAGGUGUAAUAUUAUUGGUCACAGUCUGACCAAAAUAAAAUUUUGUCCAUUGA